UACGCCUAAAUCUGACUCAGGGCUGAGGUUGGUUGCGUGUUACAGAUACCACAGCUGUGAGGACCAUAUGGAAAUCAACUCACGUCGGCGGUACCUUUCGGGUCUCAUUUAAGGACGAUAACUGUGACACCUAGACGCUUUUCAAACCAUAAAUCUGAAGGCGCUGACUGUUGUUUAUUUUAGCUGCGACGGCGUUUAUUUUUAGUGCGACUGUGCGUUUGGUUUGCCGUCGCUGCUUUUGCUCAAUAGUCUGAAUCUCACCAACUGACUUACAAAGAUUUGGCGCUUUCUUCGUACGUGCUUUCCCGCCCAUGUGUUAAAGACAACGAAAAAGACGAUGAGACAGUACCGAUUCACGGUUUUGUCUCUCGUGGCUGUUUCCUUGCUCAUUUCCGAAAGCUGUGGAGUUAAAGCCAAAGAAGAAGAGCCUACGAACCCAAAGGAUCUCGUGAAACCUGUCCGUAAAUCGGCCAUACCCGAAUUAGGAGAGUAUUUCGCCUGCAAAGAAGAAAUCGACAAGGAAGAGUCAUUGCUGGAUUAUUCUGAUAAAGAACGGGAUAAUUUCUGCCUCAAGAGACUACAGAAGUUAUGGUUUAAAAUAGAUCCUCAUCUUGACGAUAAGAAUGAUACUUGGUUGUACGGGGACGGGUCCGAUGACAAAAACGAAACCGAAGCUGAGAGCCACGAACGAGAACGUAGACAGGCAGGCAAGCCAAAGGCCAAAGGAGGCAAAAGUAAAGAGCCGGUGAACAUCAGCAACGAGGAUGAGGAAGGAUCAGGAGACGACACAAAGGAAUUUAUCUUUAAAGACGCGAAUAAAAACUCUACCAAACCUGAAAAACUCCCGCCUUUUGCCGAACUUUCGAAAUCUGCACGUGAAUGGAUAGAAUCACUAGGAAGGGCUAAAAUUGGCCCGUCUUCGAAAUCUCGACCGAGACGCGGCGCCACGCCGUACCCUCCUUACGAUCUCCCGCGGGCCACGAGGAAAGAAUAUCGCCUGUUGACAGACUCAGAGAGAAAGAGGUUCCACGCCGCCCUGCACAAAAUGAAGACCAUUUACAUCGAAGGUAUCAGUCAGUACGAUAUCUUUACGCGUCUCCAUCUCAGCUGUAACGCCCCGGCCAACCACCAAGGCCCGGCCUUCCUUCCCUGGCAUAGAGAGUUUCUCAGAAGAUUCGAGAUCGCACUGCGUCGCAUAGAUCCCAGCGUCAGUUUGCCAUACUGGGACACCACGCUGGAUGCCCGACUGAAGGGCGACCCCGGAAACUCCAUUCUAUGGGCGGACACAUUCCUAGGCACGGAGGACGGCAAAGUGACACGUGGUCCCUUCAAAUCCUGGAUCGGCAACACCGGAUUUCCGCUGUACCGGAACAUCCGGUCGGGCGUGUACGGACUGAUGAAUGAUAAGAUUGUGGAUAAAAUCCUUAGUGGAGAUUACCGAUACCUUGCACAUAUCUCGUGUCCAGGUUCUGGCAGUUUCUUGGAGGUGGCUCACGACGACGUUCAUUCCUGGGUUGGCGGGAAUAUGGAAUUUCUAGACACCGCGCCGGAUGAUCCGUUGUUCUACAUGUUCCACGCUUUUAUCGACUUUCUGUGGGAAGGGUUUCGCCAGAAACAGAAGGAGAGGAAAGUGGACUGUGAGUUGGACUACCCAAUGGCCUUCUUCGGACCAUGGCAACACGCCCCCUAUAUGCCAAUGAGACCUUUUUGGGGCAUGCGCAAUAUCGACGGAUGCAGCGACGAGUAUACUGAGACGUACUACGAGUAUGCGCCACGGCCCACGUGCACGGCGGAGAACCCCGACUGUGGCUCCCCCUACUUAUACUGCCGUCGACCGGAUUACAUCUGCGUUACUACCAAGCGCUGGGACCGGUCUGCCCCCUGUCGUCAAAACUGCGGUGGAUUCGUGGGAGAAAAAGAACAGACAAACUCUUAUUGCCUGAUAGACGCUAGUGGGCAGUACAGGUGUGACGAGAGGGAGUGGGCGUACCUACCUGUGAAGGUUAUCUACUCCAGGCCUAUCAUGUUUCCCACUUACGGCGACUGGUACACAAAACCGGUGCCCAGAAACUUCUCGGUCGACCCAAGCAGGUAUGCCAACAACUCCAACGACUACGUGUAUCCGGCUGACAACAUGAGUCAAGCGAACAAAACGGCCAAGUACUGUGACAUCCACUGCGAAUGUUGCGGCGGGGCGGCAAAGAUAACAGUUCAAGCUAUGGGUUUGAACUACAUCGGAGAGUACCACGACUACGCCAUCGUGGACUCCCGCCAACCCAUAGCAAGUGCUACAACGUUCGUCGCCGUCCGCAACCCGGAAUACAGCGGAUUUAGCACGUACUCGUAUAUACGCGCGUACGACGCUUGCGGAAACGAGUGUUACCCUGCGUGCGUUCUCCACUAUUCGCCCUACUUCUGGGGGCGUCCAAUUGACUGUUCCGGUGUAGUGCGAAUUGACCCCAUCAGAAACUUCCUUCCCUUACAAUAUGGUAGGACGUACCGAGACGCAGCUUAUCUAGGAUACACUACCGGUAUUCCGUAUUUCGGCGCGGGUGAGGAGUGCUCCGUGGUCUUCUACUGCAGCGGCUACCCCAGAGUUCAAAAGAUGCCGUCUUACUACGUAAGGUUUGCGCGGACCAAGAAGUAUUCUCCCCCCGGGAUGAGGAACCAGUGGCUGCCCAAUCCUCAGGGGAUGCCCCAAAUGCCUUUCGAAUACGUGAACCCGUACCUACAAAUACAGAGAAACUUGGGACUUAUGAAAAAGAAGAGAUCGACACGCUCCAAAAAAUAG